CAGUUCUAUUCGGUGGUUAUAGCACCGCCUUCUUCUUUUCCACCCGCUGUUAUUCGCGCCUAGCCCGCUAGUUGCCUAGAAGUGUGCAUUCCAUUCACUGUUCAUCUUUCGGCGCCUCCUUAUCAAGGAACCAAAAUGCGUGAGUGUAUCUCCGUACAUGUGGGCCAAGCUGGUGUCCAAAUUGGCAAUGCCUGCUGGGAACUGUACUGUCUGGAACAUGGGAUCCAGCCAGACGGUCAGAUGCCCAGUGAUAAGACCAUCGGAGGAGGAGACGACUCCUUCAACACCUUCUUCAGUGAGACUGGAGCUGGAAAGCAUGUGCCAAGAGCUGUGUUUGUAGAUCUGGAGCCCACAGUCAUUGAUGAGGUGCGCUCAGGAACUUAUCGCCAGCUCUUCCACCCUGAGCAGCUGAUUACUGGAAAGGAGGAUGCAGCCAACAACUAUGCCCGUGGGCAUUACACUAUCGGAAAAGAGAUCAUUGAUCUGGUUCUGGACAGGAUUCGUAAACUGGCUGAUCAGUGCACUGGUCUCCAGGGUUUCCUGGUUUUCCACAGCUUUGGAGGUGGUACCGGUUCUGGUUUCACUUCCCUGCUGAUGGAACGCCUGUCUGUUGACUACGGCAAGAAGUCUAAGCUUGAGUUCUCCAUCUACCCAGCUCCCCAGGUGUCCACUGCUGUGGUGGAGCCUUACAACUCCAUCCUGACCACCCACACCACCCUGGAGCAUUCUGACUGUGCUUUCAUGGUGGACAAUGAGGCCAUCUAUGAUAUUUGUCGUAGGAACCUUGAUAUUGAGCGCCCCUCCUACACCAACCUUAACAGGUUGAUCAGUCAGAUUGUCUCCUCAAUCACUGCCUCCCUCAGAUUUGAUGGUGCCCUCAAUGUUGAUCUGACAGAAUUCCAGACCAACUUGGUGCCCUACCCUCGUAUCCACUUUCCCCUGGCCACCUAUGCCCCUGUCAUCUCUGCAGAGAAGGCUUACCAUGAGCAGCUCUCAGUUGCUGAGAUCACUAAUGCUUGCUUUGAACCAGCCAAUCAGAUGGUAAAAUGCGACCCUCGUCACGGAAAGUACAUGGCAUGCUGUCUGCUGUACCGUGGUGAUGUGGUACCUAAAGAUGUUAAUGCUGCCAUCGCCACAAUUAAGACCAAACGCUCUAUCCAGUUUGUAGAUUGGUGCCCCACUGGUUUUAAGGUUGGUAUCAACUACCAGCCCCCCACUGUGGUGCCUGGCGGAGAUCUGGCUAAGGUUCAGAGGGCUGUGUGCAUGCUCAGCAACACCACUGCUGUAGCAGAGGCCUGGGCUCGUCUGGACCACAAGUUUGACCUGAUGUACGCCAAGCGUGCCUUUGUGCACUGGUAUGUAGGUGAGGGUAUGGAGGAGGGCGAGUUCUCUGAGGCCAGGGAGGACAUGGCUGCCUUGGAGAAAGAUUAUGAGGAAGUGGGUGUGGAUUCCAUUGAAGGAGAAGGAGAGGAAGAAGGAGAGGAAUAUUAGUUCCCCCAAUUACCUCCAAUGCAAGGCAAAUGAUUAAAUUACCUUAAAACUUAGCAUAGAACCAGUAUAAUGAUUUUGCAGAAUCUAAACAUUUGACUAUGAUGGAAUAUAUUCUGAAUAUCUCAUCUUUUUAUGUACCUGUUCUGUUAUUUUGAGGCGACUGCCUAAUAAAUUAUUAAUGAAUUAA